UGUUUUAUAUACAUAACAAGUUUGUAAUUAAAAAGGAGUCGGAGACGGUGGAUUUUUUGACGACUCUGACUCCGGCUAAAACACCAAAACUCCAUGACUCCGACUCCACAGCCCUGCUUACUUGUAAGGUAUCCUAGUCGCAAUCUGUAAAUGCAUAAGUGAUAUAUUUAACAGGUUAUGGGCCCAACAAAGGUACAUGGGUAUUUACUGAGUGAAUAGUGAGACAAGUUUUACUUUAUUUAGUGUACUUGUGCAAAAAUAAAGACAGGAUGGCCAACAGUGUGAAAACGGUCAUCAUGAAGUUGAACAGGAAUAAUUAUCCAGCCUGGAGGUUUAAAAUGGAGCUGCUACUUAUUGACAGUGACUUAUGGGAUGUUUUAUGCAAUCCACCACAUGAGCCACAGAUGAUUGAAUGGAAACUAAAAGAUGGAAAGCCUUGAAGUAAAAUCAGUCUCUUGGUGGAAGAUUUGCAAUUACAGCUCAUCAGAAUAGCAAAAACUUCAAAAGAAAUGUGGAAAUUGUUAGAAAAACACCAUUGAAGGUCAACACUUACACAAAAAGUAAGUCUAUAUAAGAAAUUAUUUCACUUAAAGUAUGAAGAGGGACAGGAUAUGGAAAGAUAUUUAAGUACUAUAGAGGACUUAGUAGAUGAGUUAACUGCUUUAGGAGAACAAAUGAGUGACAGACUCAUGGGAAUUCUUAUGUUGGGAAGUUUGCCUGAUAAUUAUAAUACAUUAAUGACUGCUCUUGAGGCAAGAGCAGAUACAGACCUCACUCUUGAAUUUAUAAAGAUUAAGAUCAUGGAAGAGUAUGAGAAGCAAUCAAGAGGCUCAUUUGGACAUAUCAUGAAUAUGGAUGAAGCCGCAGUUUUGAAAACAAUGGUCCGUAAACCAAAAACUGUAUGUUACUAUUGUGGGGGUCCCCAUUUGAAAAGGGACUGUCCUGAAUUGGGCAGAGGAAAGAAAAAGAAAGAGCACAAAGUAAAAUUAACUGAAGCCAGGAAGAGUUUGAUCUGUUGGACAAGGAUGAAACAUACAAAUGCCACUCUGCAUGUAUGAGCACACAAAAUAUGCCAUUAGAUAUGAAACAAUGUCUUGCUGUGAAGACUACAAGGGAUUGGUAUGUUGAUUCAGCAGCAACAGCUGACAUGACAAACAACAAGAACUUCUUCAGAAAAUUGAACAACAACAACAACAACAACAACAAUGAAAUUGUUUGUGUGGCUGAUGGAAGAGAAGUGCCUGCAAGCGGAAUUGGACAUGGUGAACUAAUUUGUGAUGAAGGUAGUUCAGAUGGCAAGAUAAAAUUAGAUAAUGUGUUAUAUGUACCAAAACUAAAUGGGAAUUUAUUGUCAGUCUUAAAAAUGAUGCAAAGUGGUUAUGAUGUGUGUUUUGACAGCAAAACAAUGUAGUGCUACAUAAAAUGAGAUGGCAAGACACAUGUAAAUGCUGAGCUUCAGGGAUCACUAUUUGUAUUGAGCCAACACAAUGCCUUACGACUAUUAUCUAUGCCUAAGAAGCAGUGUGUGCAUCUGUGGCACUUGAGAUGUGGCCACUGUAAUCCAUCUGUAAUGGCUGCCGAAAGUGUUGAGGGUGUGACAAUUAAUGAGUGUGGGUGAACUGUGAGAUGCGAAAGUUGUAUGAAAAAUAAAAUGCCGUAGAAACCAUUUCCAAAAGAAUCAAUGAAAAGAAAUAGUACAAAGCUUGAGCUAUUGCAUAGUGACUUGUGUGGACCCAUGCAAGUGAGAACCCCUGGUGGAAACAGAUAUUACAUAAUGAUUAUAGAUGAUUAUAGUGGUUAUACCAAAGUUUAUCUGUUGAAGUACAAGUCUGAGGCUAAUGUAAAAAUAAAGGAAUAUGUAAACUAUUGGGUUGUUUGGAAAGUAAUUUGUUUUUUUUU